AUGAAAUAUUCGUAAUUUCAAAAAAUAACUCUCAUUUUUAUAAAUUCAUUAUUUAUAGCAUAUCAAUUUAACUUGCAAAUAACACAAGGGAUGUUAAAAAAUAAUAGUCGACCUUGUGGAGAGUUAAUUUAUGAUAUUUAUUCAGAAAAAAAUUUGUAGAGAAACUAGAUCAUUAGAGCUGGAUAAAUAAGUGAAUUUUUAAAAAAGUGAGGAAAUUAAGAAUGAUUAACUCAAUAUUUUUUGAAGGACAUAAUAUAACUGUCUGGUUUUAAGAAUA